CAGGCAAAAAAAGCCUUGCACAGUAAAGUCCUUCACGCCUUGUCUGCUAAAAUACCAUAAUUCUGCCCAGAGCGAGCAGCGAAACACACCAGAUUGAACCAAGAUACCCAGAUCAUAGUACAUGGCCCAUAUGAUGCUCAUGCAAGAAACGGUUGGAAACCUAGGCGGACUCGUGAGCUCCAAAAUGGAGGCCAAGAAGAUGGCGAAAGCUAUGAACUUGUUUGAUCAGAGAAACAGGCUAUUCCAGGACCGGAGGUAUUCGCGUUUCAAGAAAGGCCUGUCUUCUCUAGACCGAAAUGCCCCACCAUCGAUCCCAAUUCAAGAGAGUCCGGCUAUAACUUUGAUUGUGCACAAACAAGUCGAUGGCAAGCUAGAGAAAUGCACAAUGACUCUCAAUCAUGUGCUCAACGAGAGCUUUUUCUGCCAUUACGACACUUUGAGCCAAAUUAGCCGCGGAGAGAGGUCGCCCACGCACAGUUUGGACAGGAGCUCAGGCUGCGUUGCAUACUAUAAGAAUUUCAUGGACCUGAAUCUACCAGGCACCGGUUAUUUUGAUGGUAACACACUGAACGACUGUUAUCCUUUGAGUUAUCAUGACACAAGCUGCGGGAUAUCUGCCAGUAAUUUCAGUUUGACCAUCGCCCCACCCUGCCCUAAUAACGGUCUCUACAAGAGCCUAAAUGGGGUCGACAGUGAGCCCAGAGGUUUCUACGACAAAGAAAAAAGAUUUGUGGAUACACCCGAGCCUGUCCAAGAGCCAAAUGACGAGCAUACAGAACAAGGACUCGCUGGCCAACUGCAGUUCCAUCUCGAAACCCCCUCGCCUGUUCAUGAAACAAAGGCAUUAUACCCAGAGUCCAGCGAACUGCACAGAGGUGCAUCUGUAUGGAAGCCCUCGUCUUUUGUUGCUCCUAAAAAACGAGCAAACAAGUUCCUACAAGCCAGAUCAGCUCUUUCCCCGCUACUUGAAGGAUUCAACCUGGGGGAAAUCUCUUUGCUGGUAGCAUUGAUGUUCCGCGACGAGCGAACAUUCGCCCUUUACGACUAUUAUACCCUACUGGAUAGCUGCAUGUUUUUCGAUGAGACAUGGCAGACUAAACAGCAAUACGCCAGCGGCAGCGAGCAAAGUUACACGGUUCUCAAAAGACGCAAACCCCCAGCUGUCAAUGACGGUCAGGACCACAAGCUGUUGAGCGAGAAAGACGUUUUCUGGGGCCGAUCGCUGAUCCUGCUUGACUUUGCCGUAGCUGCCCGGCUCAAAUCGCAGGGAACUUUCUUCUCCCUGCAGAACUCUGUCGCGGAAUUUUUGAGAAACGCAGAGCUUAUCAUGCCCGAUAAUAAACUUAUACGCUCCUUCAAGGCGAUGAUUCGAGGUGACAGCUGCAACUUGGAUCCCUAUAAAUGGAUCUCUGCCGGCCGACAUCUCGAGCCAAUCCAAAGAAAGAACCGGAGUAUGUUUUUAGUUCAUUAG